ACCGCAGGUUCGGGAGUACUCCGGAACCCGCCGCCGCAUCCACUCGACGCCACGACUGACGACGGGGAGCCCCGGUCUCCCUCCACCGCCACCGCCCCACAUAAAAGAAGGGAAGAGAGCCUUGCAGCGAGAAGCCGAGAACCCUAUCGAUCUCGCCUGAAGCAAUCCGCACCUAUCGUGAGCAGAACCCUACAGUUCGUCUCGCCUCAUCUCGCAGCACCAGCUGCAGAAGAAGAACAAGGGGGAUGGCGAAGGAUGGGGGCCCCGACUGGAACGGCCUGUUCAAGUGGAGCAUCGCCCACGGAGACGGCACCAAACCGCCGCGUGCUCUCAGUGAGGAAGACAGAAAAUGGUUCAUGGAGGCUAUGCAAGCCAACACGAUAGAUGUUGUCAAGAGGAUGAAGGAGAUCACUCAGGUGAUGAAAACUCCAGAAGAUGUCUUGCAGUCUCAGGGUGUGACCCCAGAGAACAUUGAAGAUAUGUUGGAUGAGCUACAGGAGCAUGUUGAAUCCAUUGACAUGGCAAAUGAUCUACAUUCUAUUGGUGGGUUGGAUCCUCUACUUGGUUACUUGAAAAAUUCAAAUGCUGGCAUCCGAGCAAAGGCCGCAGAAGUUGUUAGUACAAUUGUGCAGAAUAAUCCCAAGAGUCAGCAACUUGUCAUGGAAUCCAAUGGACUCGAGCCACUGUUGACGAACUUCAAAUCAGAUCCAAGUACAAAUGCACGCACAAAAGCUUUAGGAGCCAUAUCUUCUCUAAUUCGUCAUAACCAGCCUGGAAUUUCCGCAUUUCGCCUGGGAAAUGGCUACGCGGGAUUGAAGGAUGCUCUUGGUUCUGAUGAUGCCAGACUUCAAAGGAAAGCUCUCAAUCUCAUACAAUACCUGCUGCACAACAACAAGGCAGACAGGAGUGUUGCUACGGAGCUUGGUCUUCCAAAGCUGAUGAUGCACCUUGCGUCCAGUGAUGAUUCCUUGGUGCGCGAAGCUGCUCUAAGUGGCCUCCUUGAGUUGGCACAAGACAAGACAUCUGGUAACGUUCUACCCGACCAAGACAAGCUGAAAGACAUUCUCAAGAGCCGAAUUGAAGGAAUCAGCGUGAUGGAUUCUGAUGAUCUCCAUGCUGCUCGCGAAGAGCGGCAGCUGGUAGACUCGCUCUGGAAGGAGUGCUACAACGAGCCUUCGUCUCUCAGGGAGAAGGGCCUCGUUGUGCUUCCUGGAGAGGAUGCGCCCCAACAGCUGCCACCAGAUGUUGCAGGAAAGAUGUUUGAGCCGCCGCUUCGCGCGUGGGCAGCUGCAAGACCUGCUCAGGAAGAUGAUUCUGAUUCUGGCAGCGGAAAGAAGGAUCCACCAUUGAUGCUUAAGUUUUGACGGUCUCCAGAUACCAAUCCCAGUUCUUAGGCCUGAUGGAUACCUGCCUGUUGCCCUGUUAUGCACACACUAUCAUCGUGUAUGGUUCAGUAGCGGUUAAUGUGCUCAGCAUUUCGGUUCAGAGUUUGCUUUCUGAGACACAGACGAUGACAUAUAUUGUAUUAUGUGAUGCUCGUAAAUUAAUGCUACAUGUGAAUUAUCUUGCACGAUAGUUAAUUUCAUUUUUCUGAUGCUUCCA